CUGCGAGUUCGGGUGUCCCAAGUCCUUCUGCCUGGGCAUCUGCUGGUGACACUUCUCCCUCCUGUUGCCUCCCAUCAAAGCCCCACCUUGCGGCAGGCAGAGCAGCUGGCCUGCCCUCCUGCCUGCACAGACCCUCAGCUCAGCAUGCAUCCCCCAGGCUUCAGGUUGUUGCUGGUAUCCUCCCUUCUCUUCGUUGGGCUGUCAGCUGCCCCUCAAAGCUUCUCACCAUCUCUGAGAAGCUUGUCCGGCGCCCCCUGCAGGCUGUCCAGGGCCGAGUCCGAGCGUAGAUGUCGUGUACCUGGGCAACCCCCAGGGGGUGCCCUGUGCCAUGACCGUGGCCGGUGCGAAUGCGGGGUCUGCAUCUGUCAAGUGACUGAACCUGGCACCUAUUUCGGACCGCUGUGUGAGUGCCACGACUGGGUGUGCCAGAGCUACGACGGGAAAACCUGCGCAGGCCAUGGUACUUGUGACUGCGGCAAAUGCAAGUGUGAUGUGGGCUGGUCUGGGGACGCUUGCCAGUACCCAACCAAGUGUAACCUGACAAGAAAAAUCAGCAACCAGAUGUGCAGGAACUCUCAAGAUGUCAUCUGCUCCAACGCAGGAACAUGCCACUGUGGCAGGUGCAAGUGUGAUAAUCCAGAUGCAAAUGGACUUGUUUAUGGCCAAUUUUGCGAGUGUGACGAUAGAGAAUGCAUAGACGACGAAACGGAAGAAAUCUGUGGAGGCCAUGGGAAGUGUUACUGUGGAAACUGUUACUGCGAGGCUGGUUGGCAUGGAGAUAAAUGCGAAUUCCAGUGUGACAUCACCCCCUGGGAAAGCAAACGAAGAUGCACAUCUCCAGAUGGCAAAAUCUGCAGCAACAGAGGAACAUGUGUUUGUGGUGAAUGUUUUUGCCACGACGUUGAUCCAACUGGGGACUGGGGAGACAUUCACGGGGACACGUGUGAGUGUGACGAACGAGACUGCAGAGCUGUUUAUGAUCGAUACUCUGAUGAUUUCUGUUCAGGCCAUGGGCAGUGUAACUGUGGACGAUGUGACUGUAGAACAGGCUGGUAUGGGAAGAACUGUGAGCACCCAAGGUCCUGCCCAUUGUCAGCUGAGGAGAGCGCCAGGAAGUGCCAGAGCGGCUCUGACCUGCCUUGUUCUGGAAGGGGCAAAUGCGAAUGUGGCAGAUGCACGUGUUACCCUCCAGGGGACAGCAGGGUGUACGGCAAGACCUGCGAGUGUGAUGACCGGCGUUGUGAAGACCUGGAGGGUGUGGUCUGCGGAGGCCAUGGCACAUGUUCCUGUGGUCGUUGUGUUUGUGAGAAAGGAUGGUUUGGCAAGCUCUGCCAACACCCACGGAAGUGUAACAUGACAGAAGAACAAAGCAAGAGUUUGUGUGAGUCAGCAGAUGGCAUGUUGUGCUCGGGGAAGGGUUCUUGCCAUUGUGGAAAGUGUAUUUGUUCUGCAGAAGAGUGGUACAUUUCAGGGGAGUUUUGUGACUGUGAUGACAGAGACUGUGACAAACACGAUGAUCUCAUCUGCACAGGGAAUGGAAUCUGUAGCUGUGGGAACUGUGAAUGCUGGGAUGGAUGGAAUGGAAAUGCAUGUGAAAUCUGGCUUGGCACUGAAUAUCCUUAAUGAUUCUAUGGGAGACAACUGGAUUCUUAUUUCUAGGCCAUUUUAGAAAGUUAGAGGAAAACGUGUAUACAGCACUAGGAAAAACUAUUGUGUAUUUUUCUAUUUCUAACUGCCUGAGUGAAAUAUGGGUCUUCAUUAGAAACGACUUCAGCAAACUGAUGUAAAUUAUACCACAAAGAAUUGUUCUCACAUAAUUAACAUCAGUGUUCACAACUGAGGAGGACAAUGUUGCAACCCACAAGACAUUUGGCAAUGUCUAUAGAGAAAUUUGUUAUCGUACUGGUUAUGGUAGGAGUCCAUGUGCUUUGGGCAUUUUAGAGGUAGUGACCAUAGGCAAUGCUGAAAACCCUACAGAACACAGAAAGGCCCUCACAGCAAAGUAUUUUCUGACACCCAAUGUUUGUCAAUACAUAGUAGAAAAAUGCUAAAUUGCAUGGUAUUGAGGACUCUACAUUCUGACACCACUGAAACACUGUAUCAGAAUAUAAGGAUGAUAUUUAUUCUCACAUAAACCAAUCAGUAGAAUUUUUCCAGGAUUCCAUAUAACUCUGAAUUUGCAUAUUGGGAUAAUAAUGACAGACACAUAUGACGUGUAAUGAUGGGUGGGAAUUUACCAGAUCAAAAGGGCUUUAUACUCACAAGAAUGUCUUACAGGAAAAAAUUAUAAAUGUACAAUUUGACAUUUUAAUAAUUAGUGACAUAAGUUUUUUAUAUUCUGUGCCAAUAUCUAUUUAUGCACUGAAAACAAACACAACAUAAAAAAUGAAUUGGAAUGCCCACUUUAGAUCCCAGGAACUAACAGGCCAUGUUUUUUAAGACUAG